UUUAGAUCAAACUUAAAAACAGUCUCUUUAAUGUGUUGAUGUAUACAGCACUGCUUCUCUUAAAAUGAAUUGUUUCAAUUUGAGUUUUUUUUUAUUGCUAAAAUCUGCUAAAAAUGGGAGUUCCCACUUGACUAGUUAACCUUCUUGUAAUCUGAUUUAAUUUUGUUUCUGCAAAUCCACAAACCAUAAGAAUUUGCCAGAACCUAACUUCAAAUAUUCUGAACCAUACCUUCAGUGCUUCUCAGUGUGUCUCAGAUUCAUUCUCCUCAGGCAGGGAAGCCUCUUUACCACCAAUAAUUCUUGGGUUUUCAAAGUGCUCAUACUUUUUGUAAUUUCUAAUUUCUACUGUAGGUUUCAGAUUUUUGUGCUGGCAUGUGCCAUCAAAGGACAAACAAGGAGUACGACUAGGCUAACCUGUCCAAUCACAAAAUCCUCAGUGACAGUCAUUUUCAAGAGUGUUCUAGAGAGAGCAAGAGAAGGAGCUCUUUAUUGAAUCCAGUAGAGAUGAAGCCACUCGCAGAGAAAAGUGUGGACUGACGUGGCUUGCACUUGUUCUCACAGUUACAGUGGGACUGACGUGAAACUGCUUCUUCAAGACACUCUCCCUCACACUUAUAAACACACAUUUUGCCCAUACAACACACAACAUCUGAAUAUGCACACACAAACAGACAUACAGUUCAAGCACCUUUCACAGUCCUACAAGCCUACUCCAGUCAUCAACAAACCCUCUUUUAAUCUGUCAAACAAGAAGCAGUGCCACCACAUGAUGGUGUUCCACUGUUGUUUUAACAAAAUUAUAUUCAAGAUAAUACAAAAAGAACAAUGUGAUGAACUUGACAGUUACCACAUCCUAUAUAGUUCCAUCCUAUUACCUUUUUUGUUUCUUGUCCCAAGUCUGCCUGUUGAUAAAAUAAAAUCAGAUGAUUUAAAACGGAGAAGAAAAAAAAGCAUUUGGAUUUUAUUUUGAUGAGUCACAAUGUUAUUGGUGUUCAAUGAAAUGUGGACGAUGAAACUGGUUUUGACAGCACCAUCUGAUCACCCAUCUGCCAUCUGUUAAAUGUCCUGGAGUGGACUAGAUUAGCAACAAGCAUAUAUAUAUAUAUAUAUAUAUAUAUAUAUAUAUAUAUAUAUAUAUAUAUAUAUAUAUAUAUAUACACAGUAUAUGUAUAUACUUUUCUUUCUGAUGGCUCGGAAUGUGUAAAAAAGAUUUAAAUGCAUUGAGAAACCUGGAGAAAUCUCUUUUUUGAGUGUAUUUUGUGUACUACAGUGUAAAUACUAAAAAAUAAUUAAAGACGUUAUAUGGAUCACGGUGAGGAAUGGGUGCCAAAAUUGUUGGAGUUUAUGCUUCUCCACCUUUGUUUGUACUUCAUUCAACUUUCAGAUAUAAUUCUUGAUCAAGAGGAAGAAAAGAACAUCCUUUCUGUUUCUCACUUAGGCUUUUUAUAUCAGUUUGGCUGAUGUCUCAGGACAGACUAAAAAAAUAAACCAAUACUCAUAUGUCUGCUGUUUUGGGGUUGUGGUGCAUGUGACGUUUGAAGAUUAUUUCUCCUUUUCAUGUGUUGCAACUGACAGCACUGCAGCUCUUUGUCACUAUCCUGUAACCCAGCUAUUUACUUGUGACCUACAUUGUGUACAAUGCAUAACUCUUCCCCAGACAUUACCAAUACGAGUAGGAUCAUUUUAGCCGCCAUUCCAGGGAGGAGCUCACAAGAGACAACUUGUGUAAACAGGGUGGUUGCAUUUGUUUCAUUUCACCUGUAUUAAAAUGGAGAGAUGAUAAAACUCACAAGCCUUGACUUUACUUACAAUUAAGCAAGUUUUUGACAUGUUUCAAACACAUAUAGUGUGAUUACAGAUUUUUUAUGACCUGUUUUGAACAAUCCCACAAAAUUAGAUCAUGCAAAUACAGUUGUUGUAUUUCUUGCUUACAUAGAAAAAUGCUAUGAAAAUUGUUUUCAUAUCUUUAAAACUGACCUUGUGUUUUACUGUAUGACAUUCUUACCUUUUUUUUUACUCUUUGCAGUUCACUAAUAUAUUGCAUAGUGACUCACUUGAAGCUGAGUAAUCCCAUGUUGUCGAGGAUCAAAAUAAUUGCAAAUUUGAAGCUUAAACCAAAUAUAAUGCAAUUGGAGAGAUUUUUUUUAUUUUUUUUAACCGAAAGUACAGCUACAAGCCCCUUUGUUUGUCAUACUAUUUAAGUUCUAUACAGCUGCUUUCUAGAGUUUACUACUAUGUAGCGUAAACAUAAAUCACAAGCAGUUUUAAGUGUUUUGGUUAAUCUUCUUGUUUUUUUAUCAGCGAGGGUGUGAAAGGGCACAAAUCCUGGAACAUCCAUUGUGAACUAUCACUUAAUUGUAAUUUUGUUCAUACAUUUUUUUGCCAUUUCCUUUGGUAAAUGGGCUAAACUUAUAUAGCGCCUUUCCUGUCAUACCGACCAUUCGAAGUGCUUUACAUUAGAAACACAUUCACCCAAUUGCACUCACAAUUGCACACACAUUUAUACACCAUUAUGCAGAUCGGUGGACAUGUGGCAGGUGGAAUCUGGAAUCAAACCAACAACUUUAGGAUUGCAAGAUGUCUACCCUUCCCAAUGAGCCACCAUCGCCUCAUGCAUCUACCACUUCACAUUGAAGGAGGCAGCUCCGUUUCUAAAUGCAUUAGAAUAUGCAAAUUGUCUUGACUUGACUUGAUCAUCUUUCCAGAAGAAGCACAUCCUGUGUACAUAUGCACGUAUGAGGGUUAUACUGUGGAUGUCCACAAAUAUUUAGUAUGCUUGAAAUUUUUCACUAUACAGAAACAUAGACCAAGCAGACAAUGAAUGUGGCAUUUCUAAAUAUGACUUUAUUAUCUUUACUGCCAACUAAAAAUGUUCUAUUUUAAUGGCCUAUCUGCUGUUUACUGGUGUAGUCAGUAUAUAUAUAACAGAUGGAAACUGUGUGUAAACUUUGAGACCUGGGAUUUUGUCAUUAUUUGUUUUUCUUAAACUGGUUUGUCAGUAAAGCCAUAGCAAAACAAGCAGUUAACUGACCCACAGUACCUCUUCCAAGCUAUACUGACCUGUGUAGUAAUUGCAGGAAAAAGAUAAAAAUGCAUCUCGUGCUUUCUUUUCUCAUGCUGUCAUAUACUGAACAAACAUAACAGAUGGUAAGAAGACUUUCAAGUGUCCCAACACAAAAAAAGCUUAUAGAUGGCAAUCACAUUGUUGUUUUUCUGCUAGGAGCAAUAGUGAGGAUAAUACGUUUCCUUCAUGGGCUAUUUGUGAAUUAUUCAGAAGUUAACCCUGCUUGCAGAAUCCGGUUUCUUUUUUUUUGUCAACAGGCUUGGCUAUCAGAUGACCAAGGGACACUCACAGCUGACAGUACACCUGACGCACCCUCUGAGUCCCUCGUAACCUAUCUUUAUAAUGCUCCACAGAGGGCUGGCUGAAUAAAAACUGUUUUGUUGCUGAUUGUAGGCUUGCUCUAGUAUGUAAUCAGUAACACUGAUGACAGCCUCACAGUGACGAGUGACAUGUUUCAUGUAUGACAGAAAAACAUCAGCUUUCGCCAUGGAAUUUCUUCCUAUUGUGUUUCCAUUCUCAUGGCUAUCUGACAGCUCUGUUUUUCUAUUGCCAAGCAAGUGUCAUUUACCUUCCUUGCAGCCUACCUUUGUUUCUGUAGACCUAUUUUCAGAGAGUAAUAAUUUAGGCAUGUUUGCAUGCAGAGGAAAGAACCUUUGCUCUUUGUCAAAGCUAUGCAAACAGAUGUAUCCUGGUUAUUAAGCAUUUGCUAAAUGCCACCUAUCUUAACUCUCCACCUCUUAUUCAAACUAGGCUUUGCUCCUGCAGUUGUAAACACAGUAGGAAGUUACAGGAAUAUUAUCCUUAAUUAUGUAUUUAGCCAUUUUCUUAAACAAAUCGUACCCUAAGCCACUUUUUAUGUGAACACUUGAAAGGUUUGCUGCUGCAAUGCAAACAAAGAAAAUGUUUUAAUGAUCAGAGUUUAAGAUGGCACUUGAAUGGUUACAAGAAAACAACAGUGAGUCAGCAAACCAAAUAUUGGCCCACUGGUAUUUGUAUACUAUGUGGAUGGUUUCAGAAACUGCAUCUGACUGGGUACAGGUGGUGCAUGAAAGUGUUCCGCCUCUGCGGAGCAAGGGAUGCAAAUAGGUACUCUAGAGCUAUCAUUUUACUCUUGAUCCUUUGGGCAAAGAGGCGUAGUCAUUGGAUCAUAGCAGCUCUUUUACAAUGGAAACCAGACAGCUUCAGUCAGCUGAGGCAUUUAGACAAUAACUAUUCAAAAGAUCAAGUCAGCCAACCUUUGCCGACAUAUUCUUUUCAGCUAUGCCUAUUGCAGACCUUCUGGGAGUCCAGUUCGACAUGCAGCUGCUGUUGAAACUAAGUUUUUCUGCUGCUGCAGUGCUGCUGGUUUCUUGGGCAUACAGAUUCUACAGAUCCAAGGAUGUAAGAAAAAAUAAGCCCUGUGGCAAAGAAAACAGGGAGAUACAAAAUACUGCCAGCCAUGACUACAAGAGGACACAACAGCAUUGGUGUUUUCAAGACAAGGAUGAUGAGGCCAAGCAAGACUCAGCUACCGAUGACUUGAAGUCUGACAGCACCAAGGGAAUACUUGCUAAAUCUUUACACCGAGUUGAAAAAAGCGAAGAGGCAUUUAGUCCAUCAAAUAAUGAUCAAAAUGCAUGCACAGAGAAGGAGAUGCUUCAUCAGGAUCAGACAAAUGUUUCCCCCAGUAAUUUUUCAAUUGGAUGUGCUUUGAGGAUCCACGAUCCAACAGGCAAUGGGAUGGCAGCUAUUACUGGACGUCGCUCUCCUUGCUUAUUGAAGAAGCUGGAGGGUGGUGUGGGUGUGGGCAGAGAGUUAAGGCAGGACUUGGAGCAUCAGGGGGUCUACUCCAGCUUCCUCUCUAAGGCAGAGAUCAAAGUAGAAGAUGCCAAAGUAGUGCUGGAAGGAUCAGGAGACAAGAUUGUAAAUGGAAAAAUAUAUGAUUAUUAUGUUGAGUCGUCCUCCCACUCAAUUACAGAUUCAAAAACAUUGCAUGCUCAAUAUGAGAGGAACACUGUGUCAAAGAAGAACUUUGGAAAAGAGGACAUCAGCUUCAUUGAUUCUCCUUUAUCUGUAAGUCCUAUCAUUAUGCGUGAUCUGGUUUUUCCACAAAGCGCUGUUGUGGAGGACUCCUUGCAAGGAAGCCUGAGGCCCCCUAAAAGGCCUGCACUCCUACGCAAGGAGAGCUAUCUGUCUGCAGCAGACCAGUCUGAAGCUUCCAUCCCCUUUCAGGUUUCAAGACACUCAACCCCAGUGACUCACCCUGGGGUCUCAACAGGCAAUGAGACUGUCUAUCUUCAAAGCUCAACACAUAAAGAACACAACGUGAAGGAGACUGAUCUAGAGACUACAGCAGGUGUUUCAUUCAUGCAUCUUCCAGCUGAAAUUUUCCCUGGCACAGAUCUGGAAAUUUUGAAAGAUAAACUUGAUCUUGGUAACUGUUUAGAGAUACUUUAUUUAGCCAAGAAAAAUGGCAACAAAUCUGUUCAGCAAGCGGCCCUGGGGGUCAUGUCAGACAACUACCUGCAGGUUCUCCGGGACCCCAACCUCUAUGGACGUCUAAUGGCUGAUGAGCGGGAAGAAAUUCGGAAGCGCAGAAUGAGAGAGAGAAGGUUUGUCACAGUUGCAGAUAUGGAUUCUCAAGACUGGUUGAGAAACACAGCAGGGCAGAGAGCAAAAUCUGAACAGAGAAGCAUGUCUAGUUCAAUGUACUAUUAUGAUGACUACAAAGACGCCUGGUAUUCUCUCUGUCUGAUCCCACCGGAGGUCAUCUCUAAAGCCUGUGCUAUGUGCACAAUGGAUAACUACUUAUUUGUGGCAGUAGGUUGUGAAGGCAGUGACAGAGAAGUGACACCCUCCAAGAAAGUGUUUUGUUACAAUCCUUUGACAUCCAUUUGGAAAGAGAUCAGUCCUAUGAAUGAAGCCAGGCCCCGCUGCAAACUGGCAGCACUGGAUGGGUACAUCUAUGCCAUUGGAGGGGAGUGUCUCUCCUCUGUGGAGCGGUACGACCCCCGACAGGACAGUUGGACAUUUGUGGCGCCACUGCCUAAAGAUACAUUUGCUGUUGCACAUCACGUUACUGUGUGCAGUGGAGAACUCUUUGUUUCUGGGGGUACUCUUAGAUAUAUGCUUCUUCGCUACAAUCCCAAAACCAACACCUGGAGGCCGAGUCUAAUAGUAGGCAGCAAAGACAGAUCAAUAGAUAUGGUUGCUGUGGGAAGAUUUCUCUAUCGAUUUACUAUCAACCCACUGCUGGGAGUCAGUGUGUACCGCUACCAUACGGUGGCACGACUUUGGUAUGAGUGCAGCUCUAAGCGACUGCUGCACUGCCCAGCCUUCCAGUGUAUCGCAAUGGGUGGCACAGUUUACUGUCUCAGUCGACACUUCACCAUGAGAUUUGAGGCCGAUGAGAUCUUUCCUGCUUUUGCAGAUGAGGAGUUCAGUGUCCUCUCUAAAGCCAAGGGCUUACUCUUCCCCUUUGUCCUUUCACUACCUGAUAAGAAUCCUCGACAGACAAGUGUGUAAAAAGGAUUUAGUUUUUUGCUGAUAAGAUUUGAUAGUUACUGAGUACCUCUACAAGAGACCACACUUUACAUCAGGGUAAUAAUUCGUGGGAAUUUUAUGUUCUUGCAAUAAAUCCCAUUGCAAACCUGUAAGCCUUGCACUGUUAUUUAUUUGAAAUUGUAUUACUAUGCCUUCUUCAUAAAGCCAUGACACAGCUUCAUAAACAGCUUAAUUUUUUUGGGAUUAGGUAUUAAACAAAGAUGUGUGUUUAUGAUGUCCUAUCCUUGGCAGUUGAUAUAAAAGAUUAGACUUUUAAUGGUAGUCAAACUACUCUUAGCUUAGAUUUACACAAGCAUUACAGCCAUGUUAAUUGUUUGCUGCUUUGAUUUGCCACUCCUUCCUCCCAUUCUGGUAGUUUUAUGCCUUCCCAGCUGCUUAACCUCUUUACGAUAAAGGUAAUUCAUAAAAACACUCUAAGGUAAAUUAGUUAUUUAAAUUCAAACAGAGUUUGUGAAAUAAAACUGCUAAUUUACUUCUGUGCUCAACUGUGUAGGUCAUAAGUAUAACUUAUGCAGUGGUCUGGAUACAAUGCUGUUAUCUAAAGCUGCUCUUUAAAGAAACGACAGAAUGUAAAUGGAUAUGCCAUGUAAAAUAAAUGGUUAGCUUUCAAAACAUUUGUCACAUUUUAAUCUAUUUAACAUUUACAUUUUUGCAGGUAUUUCUUGUCACUUUAUUCUUUCAAGGAAAAAACAUGUGCUUUCAACUCAUUGAGUAGAAUAAUUUUCUU